UUCAACAACUUUAACUUUCUUUAACAUUUACGACACAUAUCGUAUCCCAGCAGAAUGGACUCCAAGACAGCAUUAAACAUACCAGAGUACAUGCCACCUCAAUUCCCAGUGUCACCACGCGUAUACCACGGAUCUAGCCGCGGUUAUUGGAGCGCUAUAGCAGCCGUUUUUACCGCGGCGGUGCUGGCCUGUGGGUUGAUCGCAGCGGCAAUCAUAUUUCGAAGCGGUGGGUACCCCGUGACAACUUGCCCACCUGGGGGUGACCAGGUGGCCCAACCUAUGGCCAUGAGUGGAAACAAGGUCAAGAGGGUUGACUUGACGACCGCAAAGGGUGAUCAUUUGACGGAAGUCUUCGACUACGACAGACAAUCUAACACCGUUCUAAUCGACGCUCCAGCAAACAUCACCGAGAGCUCCGUCGCUGCCACCAUCGCGGUGGACCUCGACCGGUCUGUCAUGUUCAUAGGCUCCCACGAUUCCAACACCUGCGUCGGCCUCGCAAUCGAUGUCGACUUCACCCACCAAGUGCGCGAUUACGUGGAGGAGAACGACCAAAAUGUGAUCGACAUAUCCAAUGUCGCGAUUAACAUCGAGAAAUACCGCCUUCUCGGCCAGAUCCCGGUCGACUACUUCCAGGCCACCAACGGGCCGGUCAUCCGGGGCCUCUGCUCUGGCCGCAUCACGUUCUGGGCGCUUCCCGUGGCCGCGGAGGAGUAUGGCCGUCUUAGACGUGACUUCCACGACUGCCCAAACCAUCCUUGUUUCUGCCUACCAUAUCUGCCCUGCAUUUGCGAAUGCUUUUAAAGGAGGAAGACGAAUAAAGUUAUAUUCGAAAACGAUUUGAACGCGCCAAUAGCCCCCCCCCCCCCAUGAACUAUAUUAUAAUCAUGGUUAGCGCCUGUAGUAUUUCUAGGGUUUUAUGAAUACUAAAUUAUUCAUUUUGAAGAAUUAUUCAUGUUGGAGCAAAUAAUACACUAAAGUAAAAAAAUAAAUAGUUAUGUUACAUCUGAAUUCUUUAGACAUACAUUGUUUAGAUGAGAGAAAAUGGUGCUAAUAUAGUAAACUCAAUACUAGAUGUACAAUUAAGAUACUCUUAAAGAUUAAUGAAAACAGGCAAUUAGUUUUGAUAACCAUUUGGAAAAACCGAUGUGAUCGAUUCCGAAAUCCCCCCGCCAUGUUAUUAUAAUAUAAUUAAAUUUUGAGUGAAUGUAAUUUGUCUCAAAAAAAGAAUUUGAUCUAUACACCAGCCUUAUUUAAGUUUUUUCAUGGAAAAAAGGUUGGGAAUUUUUUUUUUAAAUGGUUUGGAGAAUUUAAUCAAAGAGAGGAUUGCACAUUGACGCCUUCAAAGAAACCAUAAAGAUGUUUGUGGUUUCAGAAAUGUUCAGGAUUUGUUGCAUGUUAGAGGGUGAGUACAGGAAAAGGAAUAUAGUUUGUUAAUAGGUUAAUAGCUUUUUAAUAGGGUCGUCACAUUCCACAUUUCACCCUGUCUAGCCUACAUUUCGACGUCUUAUCAAAGAAUUGAUUAUAUAAUGUGAUACUUUGAGUAUAUUUCAUAUAUGUUCUAAUUCUUGUCAUUUAUGUGCAUUCUCUUUAUGUGAAAUCUGAAACAAAAAACUUUGAAACUUGAAAGAAUAUAGUCAGUUAUAUUUCAUACCAAAAUUACGCAGUUUUUUCAUCAACCAUCAACAAUGUUACCGGAUUACUUUAAAACAACUUUGUUAUAAUAAUUAACACCAAUUCUGUUAUUUCUAAUCUAAUUUCAAUCUAAUUUCAAUUCACAACGUUUUGUUUUCAUUGUAGUUAGUUUACCGAGUACUAGUCUAGAGUUUGCGGGGAGGGAUUGAUGGAGGGCAUGGGUGUCGAUCCC